AAACAAAAUACAACACCGCAGAUCAACGCUCCCUUCUUCACCCUUUCAGCCAUGAACUGGAAGAUUUAGCUGAAAUCCACACUGAACUGCCCAAAUUUCUUCGGUUUGUUGGAUUCAGAAGCUAUGGCUGCGAUCGCUGAGCCGAAGCUAAAACAGCGUCCAAUUGUGCGCUUGGGGAUCUUUCUGAUCUCUCACAGUCUCUUUGUCAGUAUUGUUUGCUUCACAGCCGGAGUUUUGGCCCUUCUGCUGCUCCCGGUUCUUGCUAAGAACACCUACAUUUCCGAGAAUGCGCUCAUGCCAGGUUCUGCGAACAAUAUGCUCUCUAGUCAUGAUGCCUCAGUGGCAAAUAAAUUGGUGAAGGACUUAACUGGUUUGAAGUUGAGAUCCAGGGGGUCAGAACUAGAAAGUCAAAGACUUGUAGCACAUUAUAUGUCAGACUUGGGUGCUGAAGUUACUCAUCAUAAGUUUUACCCUCAGUUAAACCAGUUUCAUCCGCUGCACUUUUUUACAAGUCCUGAUUCUGGGAAUGUUGGGAAAAACAUUAGUUGUUCAUCACUUGGAAUGAACACAGUUGGAAUUAUAAGAGCACCACGUGGGGAUGGCAAAGAAGCCAUUGUCUUGGUGACACCUUACAAUCCAAUGGAAGUUGGUGUGGAGGAGGCUUUUUCUUUGGGAAUUGCAUACUCAGUGUUUUCACUGCUUACUCGGGCUACUUGGUUAGCGAAGGAUGUAGUCUGGCUUGUUGCUGAUUCCAGAUAUGGAGAGUAUUCUGCUGUUGCUUCUUGGCUAACAGAAUAUCUAGCCCCAGCUUUUAGCAGAGUUGACGUGAUAAAUAGUGAAACAUGUAGCGAGAGCAAUAUUGUUGACAAACUUGGACAGAAGCGUUAUACUGAGAAAAACUUGUAUGAUGGUUUCAGACGUGCUGGAACUAUGGCUGCUGCCCUUGUAAUUAAAGUUGCAAAGCAAAGUGAUUAUUUUGAGGACGCUGUUCAUAUUUACGCUGAGGCAUCCAAUGGACAGAUGCCAAACCUUGACCUCAUCAAUAUUGUAAACUACCUAGCAGUACAUAAGCAAGGUUUGCAGAUAAAGGUAAAGAAAAUGUGGUCUGUACUGAGCUAUAGAUGGCUUUAUACUUUGGGUUUUAUGUUUGAAUCACUAGGACAAAUUGCUAGAAGCUUGAAUCCCCAGUGGAAAUUUGGUAUCCCUGCUGCUGAGUAUGUUGAGGGCACUGCUACGCUUGCAAGUUCAUUGUAUUACCAGGGUUUGGGUGUUCCCACUGGUCCUCAUGGUGCCUUUCGUGAUUAUCAAGUUGAUGCUAUUACAUUGGAAAUUUCAUCAAAAGUUCCUCUCAUUAAAAUGGCCAGGCGCAAUGAGUUCCUUAUCCGUGGUGGAAAGCUGAUAGAAGGAGUCGUACGUUCAGUAAACAAUCUUCUUGAGAAGUUUCAUCAGUCGUUUUUCUUGUACCUCUUGACAUCCCCCAGUAAGUUUGUGUCUGUUGGAGUUUACAUGAUAUCUUUUGCUCUACUUGUUGCUCCACUUCCCAUAGUUGCGGCUUCUCUUCACGUUGAAGCUAGUAAUUUUGAUUCCAUCCAACCGAAAGAGAAAUCUGCUUCCUCUUCUGCAUCCGAAAUGAAAGUCAAUUUCAAUUCUUGGAAAUGGCUGAAGUCAGCCAGAAAGGUUUUUGCCUUCCACUUAUGGGGUGGUUUUGUCUCUGUGCUCCCAUAUUUCAUAAGUCAAAUGCCCGGUUUAACCAGCGAAACCAGCUUCAUAGUAUGGAUUGUGCUAUCAGUUUUGAGCCUCCUGGUUUCUUACAUAUCCUUGGGUCCUUCAUUUUCUGAAGCUGCUGCGUCUCAAUCUCAAAGAAAAGAAUGGGCUUGCUUAAAGUCGGUAACUAUAUCAGCGGCAUUCAUUGGUUUGUCUCUCACGUCAGUCAUUAACUUUGCUACUGCAGAAAUUGGGGCUUUACUUAUCGUCCCAAUUUGUCUGAUGGCUCGACCUUUGAAGCUUGACAUUAAAGCUAGUAACUUGAUGUCUUCUACGAGGAUCACUUGUAACCUUGUUUUAGGAUUCAUUGGGUUUCCUCCUGUCACUUACUUUUUAUUGAAGGGUGUAUUUGAAGGGUAUAGUGGUAUUAAUGUUGGCGACUUUUGGGAAUGGUUGGAAACCCUUUGGGCAUGGAAUAGUGCUACUUACCUCUAUAUAGGUCUUGUUCACCUGCCAUGCUGGGCACUAUGCAUUCACAUCUUAUUUCAUCAUUGUUGAUAUGUAUCAUAAUUUAAUUAGACAA